AUGGAGGCGGCAACUGAACGUCACUUCUUCCACCACGGCGCCCGUGAGGCGACCGUCACAAAGUCAUCGGCCAGGGCUCUCGAAAAGGAACAGGAGAACUGCCAUUGGUGCCAGAUCCGAUCGUUUCCCACGCACAAGCAGUACCCCAUUACGAUCGUGAACGAAGUGGACGACGCCGUCAUUCCGUCAACGUUCCGGUUCCUGCAGCAAUCGAAGCUCGGGGCCGGCGUCCAAGCCGCCGAGGAUAGUUUCCGCACCGGCUGCGAGUGCGACGACGUCGAGGAGUGCCAGUAUAGCGGCUGCCUCUGCCUGCAGGAGCAGGAAGACGCCUCGGACGACGAGGGUCACAGGAGGAACAAGGUCUACAUGUACCACAUGCACGGCGUGAAGGCCGGUCUUCUGCGCAGCAAGUUUCUGCAAUCGAAGCGGCCCGUGUACGAAUGCCACGAAGGCUGCGCGUGCGCCGAGAAAUGCCCGAACCGCGUGGUCGAGAGAGGACGCAAGGUGCCUCUGCAGAUCUUCCGGACGGAGAAGACGGGAUGGGGGGUACGCUCGUUGGUGGACAUCAAAAAGGGCCAGUUUGUCGACAAGUACAUCGGGGAGAUCAUCACGCCGCAGGAGGCACAGCGGCGGCGCAACGCGUCCAGCAUUGCGGAGCGCAAGGACGUCUACCUCUUCGCGCUGGACAAGUUCACGGACAAGGACUCGCCGGACGUGCGGCUUCGCGGCCCGCCGCUCGAGGUGGACGGCGAGUUCAUGUCCGGGCCGACGCGGUUUAUUAACCACUCGUGCGAGCCGAACCUGCGCAUCUUUGCGCGCGUGGGGGACCACGCAGACAAGCACAUCCACGACAUCGCCAUGUUCGCGCUGCGGGACAUACCGCGAGGCGAGCAGCUGACGUUCGACUACGUCGACGGCGUCAGCGAAGAGGAGGACGACGCCAAGGACAAGCGCAAGCAGGGCGACAUGGUCCAGUGUCUUUGCGGCGCCAAGAACUGCCGUAAAUUCCUAUGGUGA